CCAACCAACCGAGAUGAUUAUUCCGGUGCGCUGCUUUACCUGUGGCAAGGUAAUUGGCAACAAGUGGGAGGCCUAUCUGGGCCUGCUGCAAGCCGAAUACACCGAAGGCGAUGCACUGGACGCACUGGGACUGAAACGGUACUGCUGCCGCCGGAUGCUGCUAGGCCACGUGGAUCUCAUCGAAAAGCUGCUUAAUUAUGCGCCACUGGAGAAGUAACUGGACACUGGCUGCUGCUUAUGUUUUAAACCGAACGGUGAUAUGUGUUAAGGAAAGCACGAAAAUAUGAGAGUAAAUUUUUUUUACUA